AUGGACUUGCAAAACCAGACUGAGUUGACUGAAUUCAUUCUUCUGGGCUUUUCAGCUCUGGAGGACAUCCAGAAUUUACUUUCUGGAGGGUUCCUGAUCAUCUAUUUGCUCACUCUGCUGUGGAAUACCUUCAUUAUCAGCAUAGCCAUACUGGACAAGAAGCUCAGAACACCCAUGUAUUUCUUCCUAGGUAACCUCUCUUUCCUUGAUAUUUGCUACACUACCACCACAGUCCCUCAGAUGCUCUACCAUCUUCUCUCAGGGAGAAACACUAUUUCCUACAUGGGUUGUGUCUUCCAGCUAUAUCUGUUCUUCUCUUUCUUGGGGGUAGAAUGCCUCCUUCUGGCAGUCAUGGCCUUUGACCGCUACAUUGCCAUAUGCAGGCCACUGCGCUACACACUCAUUAUCAGCAACAACAUUUGCCUCCAGCUAGCCUCAGCAUGCUGGGCUGGUGGUUUCCUCAACUCUCUCAUUCAUGCAGUCUGUGCAUUCCGACUGCCUUUUUGUGGCAACAACCAAAUAGAUGCCUUCUUCUGUGACAUUCCACCAUUGUUGAAGCUCUCAUGUGGGAACAUCUCCCUCAGCCAAAUGCUGUUGCUUUACAUUGGUUUACUCAUGGCUUGGGCACCAUUUAUAAGCAUCCUUCUUUCAUACGCAUAUAUAAUUUCGACUGUCUUAAAGAUACGCUCUUCAGAAGGUAGACAAAAGGUUUUCUCCACCUGCUCUUCCCAUCUCACUGUGGUGCUUCUAUACUAUGGUAGUGCCAUCUUUAACUACUCAAGACCUGUUUCUACUAAUUCAUCAGCUCAUGUAAGUCUGAUCCCCCUGAUGUAUAGCAUCUUAACUCCACUUUUAAAUCCUAUUAUAUAUACCUUGCGCAACAAAGAUGUGAAGAAAGCUUGGCAACAUUUUAUGGGAAAAGCAUAA